UUCUCCGAGCACAGUUAUAAAUCGUCAGUAACUAGCUGGCUGAUGGCCAUGACCGAGUUUUCCAUUAAUCCUGCCAAAAACAAUUUUAGUUUGAGCUUCUUUUCUUGGAUUCUACAAAGCUUCAUCCUAGGACAAUAAACUCAGAAUAGCCCCACAAAUUUUUUAUAGGUGACUUGACAUUUUUUAUGACUGAGAAUUCUUCCCACACCGAUUCUAACAAAAAUUUCCUAGCCAAUUCGGAUCAACUAUUUUGUUUAUUACAUUCUGAACAAUUAUUUCAUGAUGCCUUAUUGUGUCGUGUAUUUGAUGCAGUUGAAAGUCCUUUUGAUUUGAUACGUUUAAGAAGAGUUUGUAAAAAAGCAGCAGAAUAUGUUAAAAAUAAAAUUUCUUGUGUAACAGAAUUAGAUGUUCGACGUGUCAAAUUCGAAACUUUAUCAGCCACUUCUACAACCUCUUCCUGUUCUCUAUCAAAUUCUUGUAGUGCAGAUAAUAAUUGUACUUCAGCUAUAGUAGAAGGGGAAUUGUGGCAUACACAUCCGAGUGGAUGUAAAGUUUUGGGAAGAAUUACAAAUUUAAUAAUGGAGGAAGAAGACAAAGAAGAAGAAAAAUCUGAUAAAAAGGACCCGAAAUUCCGUUUAGAAAUUUUGGUAGAUGAACAAUGGACAAGCAGGGAAAUUGCUGUUUUGUGUUCUUUAAUUGGAGAAUUUAGAAUUAAUUUGAAUAGAAUUAGUUUGGAUGCUCCUAUUUUUGAAUUGGUAAGGAGGGGAGGGGGGGGGGUGUCUUUGUUGGGGAAUUUGUGCUGGUAGAAAGAAAGGAAGGGGGGGGGGGUUGUUGGGGAAAGUUGUUUUGGGAAGGGAAGGAGGGGGUUUUGGUUGAAAAAAGUUGUGAAGGGUUCGAAUAAAGUUUCUCUUAGAGAACAAAACAAAGUUUUGACUUAUAAAAAAUCUAAGUGUCGAUCAA